CCUGUUUUCUAUAGAGCGCUAGUUAGCUUCGGCUAGUACCGUUAGCUUCUUAGGACAAGCUGGUGUGGCGCUUACGAUGUAAACGUAUUUAUGAAUCAGCAACUGCUAUACUAGAACAAAUUUUAUAAGUCAGUCUAACCAAAUUUUCUACAUUUUGUUACGUUUUCUGUAUUAUUUGAUUUGACUUGCUACUGACUCAACUAGCAUUUGGGUGGCGGCUUUGUCUAUUUGCUGGAGUUCUAUUUAAUGGCUGACUGGGAUGACGAGAUGGAUGUAGUUGUCCAUGGCUCACGUCCAUGAGAUUCCAUCAUCGUGGCUUUUGCUUCAGGGCAUAGCCGUAUCCUUAGCAUGACAUGAUAGUAAAGUUUUUCACUGCUAGCCGGCAGAUCAGAAUUAAGCAUAGCUAACAGCGUUUAUUGCCGUCACUGUUGGUCAACUUGAGUGUUGUGUUACAAUUAAGGUUAGCGUUACACUGAACAGUUUAACUGGAACAGCACAACGGAUUUCAACAAUGAUUCAGACUCUGGCUGCAGUGUUCAGGACUCUUAGGCUGCCUCCAUUUCCUUGGCUUUUCGUUAACCGGCCCCACUCAUCGGGCAGUUGCCGAUUCAGACGGAGCCUGCAGGCUGCCUUCGCCUUGCCACUUUUGCUUAGUCUCCGGCUAGCACAUAGCUAGUUUUCAGCCAGGAAUAAGCUAACCAUAAACUGUGUCGCCUCAGGUUACUGGUUGAUCAAGUAGCUGCUCUUGUGUAGAAAAGCAUCCAAACGACGCGGGUAGGUUUGUCCAUGACAAGUGCAAUCUACGUCGCCUCCAGCCUCACAGUUCACGCUCCCUUAGAGCAUUCUGGUGAGCCUGAAGGGGUGGGAUGGACGGCAUUGGUAGCUCAUUGCCUUUAAUGCCUGAACCAGCCAAUCCAGUCAGCAUGAAGCAGCCACCUGAGUCUUUAUGUGUGAGAAAAGGCCAUGGGGACAUGGGCAGUGAUCCAACUCUGCUAAUGGACAAAGCUGCAGCACAGCUGGCUGCCACCUUACAGGAUAGCGUCCUUCAGAAGAUGGCUGGCCACAGUCACAACAACCACAAUCAUGAGAGGCUGAAAAGUCUGACUUCCCUGGUGCUAAACGGUGACCAGGAUGUGCUGCCUAAGCUGUGUACUCCAGAUCCACCCAUGCUACAAGGUGCUGAAGCCCCAGAUGCCACCCAUCAGAGCAACUGCACGCCUCUCAGUGAGCCGGAGUUAAAGGUGACCAUCCCCCAGGUAGUCAAGCAGUUAUCAUAUGAACCAUCCUAUGCUAAAGGGACCAGCCUAGUCACGGCCUCUGAAGGUGCUUUAUCUGGACACGAUGAAAGACCGGAUGUGAUGAACAGAAGAGGGAGAGCACACAAACCCAAAGCUCUACUAAACUGCAGUUCAUCUGUGAUUGCCAUGGAUUCUCUAGACCACACAGAUACUGUUGAUGACACUAGAGCAGCUGAUGAGCAUGCGCUCAUGUUGGAACUGGUGGAGCAGUCAAAAGAAGAGUCUCCUCUGCAGGCUAGUUUUUCUGUCGGGGAUCUGAUUUGGGCAAAAGUGUCGGGAUACCCUUGGUGGCCGUGCAUGGUGACCACAGACCCAGAGUUCAGCGUUCAUAUUAAGCAAAAACAGAAGGAAACCAAUGGCAGAUUAGGGCCCUUUUACCAUAUACAGUAUUUUGGAGAUGCCCCAGAGAGAGGCUACAUCUUUGAGAAGAACAUGGUGUCCUUUACCGGAGAGAACCAGUACCUUGAGCUGAGCCAAAGCAGCAAAGCAGCAGCUUCCUGUUCAGUUCGUAGAAAGCGAACUCCCUCCAUACCACGUAAACUCCAGGCUCAGUGGAACAUGGGCAUCAUCCAGGCCAACGAGGCCCUUAGCAUGACUCCUGAGAAGCGCAUUGAGAACUUUGUUUUUUUUUAUGAUGAUGAUGGGCCUCAUCUGAACCCUCGCAUCUUGGAGAAGCUGAAGCCAGAUCAGAGUAACGUGAUGAUGCUAGAGUCCGAGCACAGUCCAGAUCUUCUGUCCCUGCUGAAGUUCACAACAUCGGCACCAUGUGUGAAAGCUGAACCAGCUGUACCUCAGAAGAAAGACGGGUCCAAAGAUGUUCAGCCUCCUACCAAGUCAGGAAGGAGGACAAAACUAUCUCCAGUCAACAGAACUCAUGACCCAAUGAGAAAAACCAAAAUGAAGCUGGUUUCUUUUAGAGGAAUGGGUUCUAAAGGAGCCUCGCUUCAAGCUCCAGUAAGAAGAGAGCGAAAGAAGCUAACUGACGAUGCGACGAACGAGGACCAACAACCCAAUAGGAGAUGUAAAACUAGCAAAAACACAGAAAAACAGGUGUCAGGUUUAGAAGACACAAACGACAAGAAGAGGAGAAAGAAGAAAAACGAUCUUAAAGAAGGAAAAGAACCCAGAAAACAGACGGUGAAGUCUAAAGGUCUCCUUAACGAUGAGCUUAAUGCAGACAAACCGAAGCGUCACAGGAAAAGGAAACGAGAUGGAGAGAACCAGAACACUGCCUCUAAAGCUAAAAGGAGGCGGUCCUCCCCCUGUCCCAACCCUGAGGGUUCUGGGAGUGAAGAACGUCCGGAUUCUCCGAGUGACAGCCUAGAUGGGAUAAAGAAGAGCGAACGGAAGAAAGAGUUUGUCUGUCAGAUGUGUGAGAAAGCCGGUGAGGACAUGGUGUCGUGUGAAGGCCAGUGUUGUGGGAUGUUUCACCUCCACUGUUUGGGUCUGUCUCUCAAACCUGAUGACAAGCUCCUCUGCCCGGAGUGCAGCUCAGGAGCACAUUCAUGUUUCAUCUGCAAACAGCUGGAGGGUGAGGUUCGUCGCUGCCACGUCCCUCACUGUGGGAAGUUUUACCACGAGUCCUGUGUCCGCCUCAACCCCCUCACCAUGUUUGACAAUAAGGGCUUCCGCUGUCCACUCCACGCCUGCCUCAGCUGCCACUACGGCUCCCAGACCAGGCCCAAGUCUACCAAGGGCCGGUUGAUGCGUUGCCUUAGGUGCCCUGUAGCGUACCAUGUGGGUGACCUGUGUGUAGCUGCUGGGAGUGAGAUGAUCACAAACACAGCUAUCAUCUGCACCAACCACUUUAAUGCCAAGAAGAGCUACAGUCACCACAGCCACGUCAACGUCAGCUGGUGCUUCGUCUGCUCCAAAGGAGGACAGCUGUUGUGCUGCGAGUCUUGUCCUGCAGCCUUUCACCCUGACUGCCUGAACAUCGCUAUGCCUGAUGGGAGCUGGUUUUGUAACGACUGCCAAGCUGGGAAGAAGCCAAAGUAUAGAGACAUCAUAUGGGUUAAACUGGGGACAUAUCGAUGGUGGCCAGCGGAGAUCCACCACCCUAAAAACAUUCCCACUAAUAUCCAGCACCUCCGACAUGAGAUCGGAGAGUUCCCGGUCUUCUUCUUUGGCUCUAAGGAUUACUUCUGGACUCACCAGGGAAGAGUCUUUCCCUACAUGGAAGGUGACCGGGGCAGCAAAAACCGGAGAAAGGGAAUUGGCAAAGUCUUCAAGAAUGCUCUGUUGGAGGCCGAGGCUCGGUUUAAAGAAGUGAAGAUGAAACGAGAAGCCAAGGAAGCUCAAGAGAUCAGCCGAAAACCACCUCCUUACAAAUUUAUCAAGGUGAACAGGCCUUUCGGCAGGGUGCAGGUCUACACCGCAGAUGUGUCUGAGAUUCCUAAGUGUAACUGCAAACCGGCGGAUGAGCGGCCAUGUGGGUUUGAGUCUGAGUGUCUGAACCGCAUGCUGCAGUACGAAUGCCACCCUCAGGUGUGUCCCAGCGGGGAGCGCUGCUGUAACCAGGACUUCACUAAGCGCCUCUACCCAGAAACCAAGAUCAUUAAGACUCCUGGGAAGGGCUGGGGUCUCAUCUCCCUGAGGGACGUUAAGAAGGGAGAGUUUGUGAACGAGUACAUUGGAGAGCUGAUCGACGAGGAAGAGUGCAGAGCAAGAAUCAAGUCUGCUCAUGAAAACAACAUCACCAACUUCUACAUGCUCACCAUUGAUAAGGACCGAAUCAUUGACGCCGGUCCCAAAGGAAACUACUCCCGCUUCAUGAACCACAGCUGUCAGCCCAACUGUGAGACGCAGAAGUGGACGGUGAACGGAGACACUCGAGUUGGCUUGUUUGCAGUCUGUGACAUACCAGCGGGAACCGAGCUCACCUUUAACUACAACCUGGACUGUCUUGGUAACGAGAAGACCGUCUGUCGCUGCGACGCUCCCAACUGCAGCGGUUUCCUUGGAGAUCGACCGAAGAACUCAAACGGUCAAACAGCGGAGCCAAAGGCAAAGAGGUUAAAGAGGAAGCAUAAGAGGAAGAAAAGUGAAGGGAAGAAGAUAUCUGAGGACGAUUGUUUCCGCUGUGGAGAUGGAGGACAGCUGGUGCUCUGUGACAAGAAGACGUGCACCAAAGCCUAUCACCUGACCUGCCUGAAUCUCACCAAAAGACCUUUUGGCCGCUGGGACUGCCCCUGGCACCACUGUGACAUCUGUGGGAAAAACUCCGAGGCAUUCUGCCAUCUCUGCCCAAACUCCUUCUGUAAGGUGCACCAGGAGGGGGUCCUGCGUCCCUGGCCCCCCACAGGGCAGCUGUGCUGUAUGGAGCAUGAGGAUCCGGAGGGAACUGCCCACCAGGCCCAGGUCUUUAGCUCUGAGAUGAAGGCCACAGCUGCCACGACAGGUACCGUCACCGGCCGCGCCAAAGCCUCCAGGAAACCACCGGCAACCAAAGGCUCCAAGAAUAAAGCCGCUGUGGUCUGAAGGAACCUUCCAGAGAGCCAAACUGGACUUUACACUUUAGUCACACUGGGGCCCCACGCAUCUUCAUCAUCAUCACUAGAGAAAGCUGUUGAUCUCUCACACCCAACUCUACCUUUACAUUUAACACUUCCAAGUCUUUGUUGACCCAAAACAUCAGUUGGAAACUUUUCUGGAUUCUGACUUCUAACAAACGGCAUUUUGGUUGAGUUAUUUUUAGAUCCUAGAACAAAAGACACCAGAGUUCCUCAGCUGCCUCGCCCUGUCAGCUCUUACCGACACGGAUCAUCUGCUGCUCCAGUGUCAUCCAAAAGGCCUCGUCUGUGUACGGGAGCAGCAGUGUGAUCAGAAGGGUUUCAUCUGUCAUGUAUUCUAUGUAAACAGACACUAUGGGGCGGCCCCACCUGUAGCCAUAGAUCACCUGUAAAUGUAGACGUUAGUUUACAAACCAGUCUUGUUUUAGCACCCUUGUAUUUGAAGGCUUUUCGUUUGUUUGUUUUUCAUCUAAUCCUAAAUAAACAGCAACAAACCAUUUCCACAGGAGUUGGAUGGAAACAGCUGGUCACACACUAAAACACAGUUUCUGAGGUAAAUUGUGAAAUCAGGUAAAUUCCCAGCCAGUCUGGCGACUUGACGUCCAGCCGCCGUGUCUGAAUCCUGAGAUUGUUCAGAUGUCCUCCGAAGUCUGGGAAUGUCCUCAUGUGGUCAACCAGAGACCUGUUGGACUCACCUGGUCAUCUCAGAUUUACUUUGAGACGAUUAGUGACCUCUGACCCCUGUAAAAGAAACCAAUAGGAGUUUCCAGUUGAGAAAUGAAGGAAGGUUUUUUAGGGAGCUUCACAGAGAAAUCAGGUUAUUUUUAUUUUUUUCAGAAUGUUUCAUCUAGACGGUGCUCCAGACUUGGUCUGUUAAUACCUGUCUCCAUCUGUAAGCCUCAGUCACCAGGAGCCUGUCUUGGAGGGUGGGGGUAGUCAGACACUAAGGUAAACCUGGUCUGGAGACAGUUUCUGCUGUAGGACAGACUCUGUCCAGACCGAACCCCCAACCGUUUAUUUCCUUAUUUAAUCUGAUCUGGCGUUCGGCUCCUGACCCCGUGAGCGUGAACAUGCACGUUUGAUUUAGGAUUUUCUGUGUACCAUUCUGUAAUUCUAACCCUGUUGAGUGAAUGUAGUCCAGCGUUUGUAAGCACUGUAACCCCGUAGAGCUGAGGUGUCGUGUAGCGGUUCCCUCCUGUAACUACUGUCGUAGCAAACAGACUAAUGUGUACAUACUGUAUAAGUACUAAUAGUGAUUCAGGUUUUGUAAAUAAUACAAUUUCUUUACCCUCGUUUUUAUUUUUUGUUCAUGCAGUGCUGAAACACGUGCAGGAUCUCACAUCAGUUGAAUCACGCAAUAAAGUAAUUGAAUAUC